AUGGCGGUCAGUGCCUGCUGGAUGAUGUCUCCUUGUGCUGCGAGAUCUGAAGAUGGUGGAGCGACACAUUGGUCGAUUCAUUUCUUGGUCGCAUCAAAUGGCAAUACCGUCUCAAUAUUUGAAGAUAAUGCUAGGGCGUUCCCCGGAGGCAACGCGCGGCACCCUCGCCCGAGCGUCGUGAGAAGUGGACAAGGGCUACCUGCCCAUGGACGAGGCAGGCGAAAGAAGCGAAUCCAACAACAACAACCACUACGAUUGGGUACCCUCAACAUCGGCACGAUAACAGGACGAAGCCGAGAAUUAGCCGACACACUCAAGACCCGCCGCAUCGACAUCGCGUGCAUCCAAGAAACCAAAUGGACUGGUGCAAAGGCAAGGGAUAUAGGCGAUGGAUUCAAGCUAUUCUACAACAGCAACAAGCCCCAAAAUGGUGUGGGAUUAGUGGUCAGCAAAAAGGCACGGGACAAUGUGGUCGAAGUGACUCGAAUAUCGGAUCGGCUCAUGUCACUCAAGAUCGACACGGGUGACAUCACCAUGCGAGUGAUCUCCUGCUACGCCCCCCAGACCAACUGCUUGAAAGCGGAUAAAGAAGAUUUCUGGGAAACUCGGAUCAACGCCACGUGGACAAAGUGGCGCCAAGUAACGGCCGUGCUGUGUGACCGCCGAAUACCUUACCACCUCAAGGCCAAGAUUUACAAGACUGUAGUCCGCCCAGUCGCCCUGUAUGGAUCGGAGUGUUGGCCAACCACCGCCAAGCAUGAGCAGGCCCUACACACGAUGGAAAUGCGAAUGCUGAGGUGGUGCCUAGGCCUCACGUGCUGGGACCAAGUCAUGAAUGAAGACGUCAGAAAACGCCUCGGCAUCGCACCAAUCAUGGAGAAAAUGCGCGAGGCACGGCUACGGUGGUAUGGACACGUUGUGUGCGCAGAUGACAACUCGGUAGCAAAAACGGCUAUGAGGCUUGAUCCUGGUGAUCAGCGUCCACGUGGCAGGCCGAAGAAGAGGUGGAUGGACAGAAUAAAGGAAGACAUGAAGAUCGUCAAUCUCGCCCCAGAAGAUGCCCUCGAUCGUGCCAAAUUAAGACGAAUUUGCAGAAAAGCGGACUCUGCCAAGCGGGAUAAAUGCUAG